GGCCAUAUUUCUCGAGCGUAUGUUGUUGAUCUCAUUCUCAUUCUCGUUCUUAUAAAAACGAUUUGGACAACAAAACUCUAUAACCAGAAAGUUACACCCAUCUUUGUAUCAGAACAGAAAAAUCAUGCCUAGAGUCUUUUUUAUCACUGGUACUUCCACGGGGUUCGGAAACCAUCUUGUCCAAGAGGUCAUCGAUAGAGGAGACAUCGCCGUCGCAACUGCUCGUAAGCCCGAGACUCUAAAGUUCAAGGGAACAAGUGAAAAGAACUUUCUGGCCCUCAAACUUGAUGUGACUAGUCAAUCCGAUAUUGAAAAUUCUUUCAAAUCCGCCACCGAUAAAUUUGGCCGCAUCGAUGUCGUCGUCAACAAUGCAGGGUAUGGCCUUGCCGGUGUCUUCGAAGAAGUCAGUGAGCAACAAGCUCGUACUCAGAUGGAGGUAAACUUCUUUGGUCUCAUUGCUGUUACCAAAAAGGCAAUGGAAGUCAUGCGAAACCAAAAGCCAUGUGGCGGCCUCAUUCAACAAGUCACUAGUAUUGGAGGUCAAAGAGGCGUGCCUUUUUUCAGCAUUUACUGUGCAAGCAAAUGGGCAGUCGAGGGUUUUACUGAAAGUAUCAGCCAAGAAGUGAAGCCAGAAUGGAACAUCAAGUUCACUUGUGUUGAGCCAGGUGGAUUCCGAACUGAUUGGGCUGGAAGAUCUAUGCAAUUUCCAGAGAAACGAAACCCUGCGUAUGAUCAUUUGAAUGCCAAGGAAGCAAUGGAAAAGAGGAACGGUACUCAAGCUGGAGAACCAAAGAAAGGUGCGAAGGCAAUGUACAAGCUUGCUACACUCUCAGAUCCACCUUUGCGAGUAGUGAUUGGAAGUGAUGCUUAUAAGGCGAUAAUGGCAAAGAUCGAGGCGUAUGGGGAGAAUUAUAAGAAGUACGAGGAGAUCUCUAAUAGUUGUGAUGUUGACGAAUGAGCAAUAACAUAGUUGAAUUGCCUGUCAAGCCAUUAAUUUUUAAAGAUAAUAUGUGUUAUACCGACGUUUCCAACUGAAUCAAGAAUAUGGUGGUGAAUCAUGAUGGAUGUGA